AUGGCUUACCGCUACGUAUUGGGUCUUCUUACCCUAGCAUGGUCGAGUACCGCUGAGCCCUUCAACACCUUCGAUGGACCGGGUCAUCCCGCCUGCAACAAUGUCGCAAAAGUCUAUAACGCGACUUCCGUGGACGAGAUGCAAAGCAUUGUCCGCGAUGCUGCACAAUCCAACACACCCGUACGGGCGAGUGGCAAAGGCCACAUGUGGUACGACACCAUGUGCAGCGAUGAUCCAACGACCAUCAUCGUCCGCACCGAAAACGUCAACGGGAUCUCGGACUUCGACUUGCCUACAGGCGCAUCCGACGGCUCUGUUAUGAUCGAAGCAGGUGUUACCUUCCUCCAGCUUGCAGAAUACUUGCAUGCGAAUGGUGCGAGUGUUGGUUAUACGCUCGUCAACUGGAAUAUUACUCUUGCUGGUAGUAUCGCUAUGGGAGCGCAUCGCAGUAGUCUCCGGGAAGAUAGUAUGGUGGCCGCGGGGGCGCUCGAACUUCACAUCAUCGACGGAACCGGCAACAUUACUGUGGUGAAGCGCGACGACAAUAACGAUGAUUGGCUUGCAGCGUCUACAUCGUUGGGUUUGCUUGGGGUCAUUGCGCGGAUCAAGUUCAAGAUCUAUCCUGACUUCAAGGUCUACGCGCAGCAGAAGACUCUGACAGAGGAUGAAGUUCUCAACGGAGAUAUUUACGGGCUAAUCGCACCUUACGCGACGGCCAAUUUCUGGUGGUGGCCCUUCCUAAAGAAAUUUCACUAUAGGUACUACGACAAGGUUGAUACCGAUAACUCCACGCAGGAAGGCUUCCAAUCAACAUUUAGUGUCACGAAGACGGAAGCUGAUAUUGCCCUUGGCUUGCUCAAUUCUGGGAAGUAUCUUCCAACCUCAAACCAACUCGCCGAGACUACUUUUUUCGCCUUGUGGUCCGCCCCCAACUUUCAUGAAAAGACCACCGAUACCGCAGUCCUCACUUGGCCCGUAUACGGCUGGAACUACGACGUCCUAAUCGGCGGUCUCUACCCAGGCUACGGCACAGAAUGGGACUUCGGUCUCCGCGGCCUCACCCUCGAACUCGCCUUCCCCGUCACCCAAGCCAACGCCGUGCUAAAGCGCGUUCGCAAAGCCUUCGACGAUUCCGCCGCAGCGGGAAAGCCCAUGACCUCCACGUACAGAAGCGGCAUCAACAUCAAGUUCGGAAAGCCGUACUUUGAUCUCCUGGGCCAGGUCACGACUAACACUUCCGAUGGCGCAGAUUGGAGCAAGGGUGCGAUUAUGUUCGAUUUCCCGAGUUUUCAGCCGACGGUUGGGGAUAAGUUGAGGUAUAACGAGCCUUUUUAUCAUGAGCUUGCGGAGGCGCUUGUUACCGAGUUUCCGUGUCGGCCGCAUUGGACGAAGAAUACGAGGGAGGUGUUUACGCUGGCGAAGGAUAAGAUCGAUGCGACGCAUCUUGCGCGGUUUAAGACGGUCAGGGAGAAAUUCGAUCCGAAUGGGAUUUUUAAGAGCAUUGUAGGACAGAUCAUGGGGUUGUAUGAUUGA